AUGGGUGCAUCCAACGACUUAUCAAGCCAGUGGCAGAAUCCUAAAGAUAUUCUCUCUCUUCUUCUCUUGAUUGGCGGCGACAUUGUCCAAAAGGCAAUUGCACAGCUGUUCGGAGUCUAUGUUGAAUUGGUCGAGGGCGGACCGCGUAUUUACCUUACGCCCGUCGCGUUCUCCUUCGGCUGGGUUGGCUAUGCCUUCAUAUCCCUAACCUCCGUCGUCGGGGACAAGCAGCUGAUGCCCUCUGAUGCAGAGACUCAAGCCAUUGUCAUUAACUGCAGCAGUGGGUACUCGCGGACCAACCGCUCCUGGCUAUUAGCGCGUAUCAUCCGCGACCACGAGCUGAACGUAGAGGACAAGAAGGGCCCUGAAUAUGAGAAAUUGAAGGACCCGUGGUACAAAAAGACAGCCGGCCUACCCCAGGACGCCGAGCCGCCUUUCGUCUCACUACGCAUCGACAUCUUCGACCUCGAAGGAGAAUCAGGCCCGUCCAUCGACUUCGUCUGGGCUCUCAGCUGGCUGACGAUUGCCGCCCAGCUGGGCUUCUCGAUCAUCCCGCUGGCACUAUACGAUGAUUGGGCCAUCUUUCUGGUCACUGCCGCGGGCACGCUACUCGCUCUCUUGACCGGCAGCCUGCGUCAGUGGAACAGGGAGAAGUGGCCUGGCCGGAGGCUGAAUAAGUCUGAGAAACGUGCCAACAACCGACUGGACAAGUGGAAGAAACAGUCUACAUCAGCUAUGGCCUCUUCAGACCCAGAGGGAGGUACAGGCGUAAUCUCUAGGUUUCCCCCUGUGACGCCAUCAUCUCGCCAGCCUCAGCCUGACCUUCAGUCCAACUCUAACCCGAGGGAGAAAAUUGUCUGCCUCACGCGCGGGGGCGGUUAUCGCUAUGCCAUGAUCCUUCGCUGUUCCAAGUUAGCAUGGGACCUCGAGACCCUUGCUACCGCCACCUCCGAGUCCCUCCCAGAAACGUCUUGGUGCCUCGUAGGCCUAGCCGCCCUGUGGAUCUGCCUCCUCAUCUCCGUCUCCGGGCUCCAGUCCAACACUUGGUACUUGCUCCUCAUUGGGGGCGUGGGCAUGCUGCAGAACAUAUACGUGGCUUCGGCCCGCCGCGACCCGGCGGCCCUGGGCCUGAAGAUGAAGCCCUAUGAGAAGAGAAAGACGAUUAUUGGUUCACAAGUGGAUGAGAAUGAAUUCUGGCUCAAGCCCAGCCUAGCGGAGCCGCCGGACGACGAGCUCGUGAGAGAAGGGCCACCGUAUCUGGAGCCCUGGAAGACCGCCGCUGUGCGAGGCGCGAUAAGAGAGCUGGAGAAGACAAUACCGAAAGCCGGCAUGGCGCUCAUGCCAGAGUUCUUCCCCGCGUUGUUGAGGAUGGAGAAAGAGAGGUACAGGGACGCGAAGGAGACGAGGUUUUGGCAGUUGAUGUUUGACAACAGGUUUCCAGCCGCCGAAUCGCCCACGACAGACGAAAAAGCCGGCUCGUUACAUUGA